ACAGUCGAAAAAUCACAGUCAACCAUAACAUUAGACCUUCCAAUAAACCUCACUCUCGCCUACACAAAACAAAAACCCAAAUGCCAUUAACGCGUCUCACAUGUAAAAACCACCAUCCAAAUCAAAACCAUGGCCCUUGCUCCCUCACCGGCGCAACACCACCAAUUCUCCCUGUGGGCCCCAUCUCCCGCUGCCGCUCCCACCAUCACCACCACCUCCACCUCCACCUCCACCUCCAUAAUCACAAUUACGGAUCCUAAACAAUCAUCAUCAUCACCACCAGUCAACACCAAACUUCCAGUUGACUUCAGCCCACCUUUGAUAGCCAUGGUAGUAGUGGUAGCCACAGCUUUUCUCGUAAUCACUUACUCGCGCUUGAUUUCUCGUUACCUCAUCCGCCUACUUCGCCGCUGGCGUAGGUGGCGUCGCCGCCAUCGCCGUCGAUACCUUCCUUCUUCUAACGGCGACCUUGAUUCUCCGCCCCCACCAUUCGACUCACCUGACGGAUUUCAUAUGUAUUCUCCAUAUGGACUCGACGAGUCUGUUAUAAAGACCUUACCUCUGUUUCUCUACACUACCAAAAAUGGCUUCCACAAACAGAGCAGUAAUAGCAAAGACUGUGCCGUUUGCUUACUCGAAUUCGAAGAGAACGAUUACGUCCGUACACUCCCUGUUUGCUCUCAUGCUUUUCACGUCGAUUGUAUUGAUAUAUGGCUUAGGUCUCACGCUAACUGUCCUCUCUGCCGUGCCAGAAUAUUCCUGUCGGAGUCGCCUUUUAUACCGGUGAUGGCCGCGAGAAUCAGACCGAGGCUCGAUGAUACAAUUCUACAUAGUAUUAGCCUCGAACCGAUAAUUCAAACUCCGCCUCUUUCUCAUGCUAGCACCGCUACGGCAACCACGACAACGACGGUGACAGAGAUUACUCCAUGCAUUGAAGAACCUUCAUCGAGAAGAAACAGCAAUAAUUUCAAUAAUCACAGUCAAUCAGAGGAUAGAUUCAACGGCCGUGAUUUCUUAUUCAAACGGUCUUACUCCUUCGGGUUUGAACGGAGCUUGCCAUCGGAAAGAAUGUUAGUUAUGGAGCCAGCAACAGCAUCUCCUUGGCGUUACCGGAGAGGUAGCUUCUGGAGUAAACGUCCAUCACCGUUCGGAUCAUUAUCAAAGCCUAGAGUAUUCUCGUUUAGAUAUUACAGAAGCAUGAAAUCACCAUUUUGCAGACGAAGAGGAUCAGGAUUCUUUCCAUUAUCAGAGAGAUUCCCAAGUGGCGGCGGCGGAGGAGGAGGAGGAUCAUCGAGGAGGAGCAAGUCAAUGGCAAGCCCAAUGUUUCAAAGAUCGUCAGUAGCAGCAUUCUCGUCAAGCCGGUUACGGUGCGGGGAUCCAGAGGCGCUAAUAUCACCGGAAAGGUUCAACAGGAGGUAGACACGUGGAAGGGUAUGAUUGGAUGAACGGAGAGAAUGGACGGGUCGGUGCGGAUAUUAAAUGGAAAGGGUAAUCGGCAUGCGAGAGAGUUAAUGAGAGGCAUGAGAGUAGUCUGGCAAUUUGCGAAGAGUCAUUAAAUGGGCAUUUAAUGUAAAAAUUGACGAGAGAGAUGAGAGAAACACAAACUCCGACUAGUCUCUCUCUCUCUCUCUCUCUCUCUCUAACAUUAAAGAAAAAAAAGGAAGGGGAUUGUUUUCUUGAUUCUUGGAUUUGGAUUUCUCUCUCUCUGUCUCAUUCAUUAAUGAGAAAGGUUGUAGGAGGGAGGGAGGGAGGGAUGGCUAUGGGUCGGUGGGUUUCUUUAUAGGGUUUAAAUUUGGAAUACUAGAUUCAGACUUGGAUCAAAUGAAGUGCAACCCCACCCAUGUGUGUAUUGUGGUAUACGCAAUAAAUAAUUUUCCAAUAACGUUAUUCUCA